CCUACAAUGAAGGUUUCCUCGUUCCCUUCGUGUUCCUUUCCAGUACUUCUCCCCUUGAUUACAUUCCUCCUCGUUUCCACCCUCCUAGGCGCGGCUGCUGUCUACAGGAGCAGUGACGAAACCCUCUUCCCAUUUUCCUCCCAGCAGCAACAACAACAACAACCGCAACGGCAACCGCAGUCUCACUCACAAUCACAACCACAAGGAGACCAGCAGCAGCACCAACAACAGCAACAACAGCCGACCAAAUCACAAACACCAAGACCCGUCCCCACUGAGCAGCAAGAAUACAAAUACUUCCACGAAGCUGGGUGGACCGAACAGCUCGUCCACUACGACGCCCGCUUCUUCCGCGGAGAGGUUCCAUACGCGGCUCACCGCACUGAGCUGGAACACCUGAUCCGCUCGUACCUGUCUACCUGCCGGGCGCUCGGGGUCGAGACAUGGCUGGCGCACGGCACGUUGCUGGGGUGGUGGUGGAACGGGCGGAUCAUGCCGUGGGACUUUGACCUGGACGUGCAGGUCAGCGGCGCCACGCUGGCCGAGCUGGCCGCGCGCCACAAUGGCAGCGUGCACGAGUACACAUAUUGGGAGGAGCAACCGCGGUCAGAUGCCGAGCAGCAGCAGCAGGAGUCGGAUGGGGACGGCGCGGUGGUGGAGGUGGAAAAGUACAAGAUGUACCUGCUCGACGUCAACCCAAGCUAUGCCGAGGUGGGGAGGCGGCAGGGGCAGAACGUGAUUGACGCACGCUGGAUCGACCUCGACACGGGCAUGUUUGUCGACAUUACGUCCCUUGUCGAGCGGGAACCCGCAUCCCAGCCCGGCGUGUGGAGCUGCAAGAACUACCACAGGUAUAAGACGCAAGAUCUGUGGCCGUUGAGGGAGACCGAGUUUGAGGGCGUGCCGGCGCUGGUGCCGUUUGAGUUUGAGAAGAUCCUGGUUGAUGAGUAUGGGGAGAAGAGCCUGGUGGUUACAGAGUGGGAAGGGCAUCGCUGGAAUCCGGAUUUGAAAGAGUGGGUAAGGAUGAAUAAGACCGAGGAUGCGUCAUAA